AUGACCAUCGAUUACUCAGGUUUUCUUGAUGAACCGAGUGGAGCCUCCAGCGAGGUAACCGCAUCGCGGUACUUUGAGAUCCGUGGGUCGAUACUUUACUGCUGGACUUAUAAACCCGAGAAUCCAGGAGACAAACCGCUUAGCUCCAUUGAUCUUACGGACGUGCACAUUACACGGGAUGAAGCUGAUCGGAGGUCGUGGUCAGUCCAGGGUGGAAAACUCCGCAAGCCGCAUAUGUUCACUGCUGAAAAUGAGGAGGAAAGGGAGGUUUGGAUAGAGAAGAUGGCACAUCCAAACCCUGCUAACACUGAGAUACUUCGCACGUUAGAGCAAACUAGUGAUGGGGAUGAUACAGCUCCUCUUUGCAGUGGUGGAAGCAACAGGGUGUCUUUGAACGACUUCCAAUUUGCGGCGAAAAUUGGGAAGGGAUCAUUCAGCUCUGUGUAUGCUGCUACAGAGAAAGCUACUGGUAAAACUUACGCAAUUAAAAAAAUGGAAAAAGAGGUGAUUGAGCGCUACAACAUGAUCGAUAACAUUUCUGCAGAGAGGCUCAUUCUUCAGAAGAUUGAUCAUCCUUUCAUCGUGUCCCUUCAUUAUGCCUUUCAAACCAAAGGCAGCCUUUACCUUGUGAUGGAUUUCUUAUCCGGAGGAGAACUAUUCUUUCAUCUCGAAUCUGUGUCGGUUUUUGACGAGUGGCGUGCAAAGUUUUAUUGCGGCGAGAUUGCGCUCGCCCUUGGCUAUCUUCACGCGCAAGACAUCAUUUACCGCGACUUAAAGCCCGAAAACGCAGUGCUUGACGCGGAUGGACACGUGUGCCUUACCGACUUCGGGCUUGCCAAGAUGGAUGUACGCGAUGCUUGUAAUUUCACCUUCUGUGGGACUCCAGAAUAUAUAGCUCCAGAGUUUCUGCUUGGGAAGCCCCACGGGAAGGCGGUUGACUGGUGGUCGCUCGGUAUUCUACUAUACGAGAUGCUGGAGGGCAUACCACCCUUCUACAGCGAGAAUGUAAGUGCCAUGUAUGAUAAGAUACUGAGCUCCGAACUGCAGUUUGGCGACGGUGAGGGCGGGAGCAACAACAUGCCCCAAAUAUCGGAGGAGGCCCAAGACCUUCUCCGCCGGCUCUUAGACCGCAACCCCGACACCCGACUCCAGGAUGUGGAGGAGCUGAAAGGUCACCCAUUCUUUCGUGACCUCGACUGGGAAAAGCUGUUCCGGCGAGAGAUUGAACCCCCGUUCCGCCCAGACGGCAACGCGCUGAGUAAUUUCGAUCAAGAGUUCACUUCUGCGGACCCUCCAAUGGUACAACCGGACGAUGAAGUAGUGGAGGACAAAAGCAUAUGCGGUUUCACGUUUAAUGGGAGAUCAAGACCUACAUAG